CUGCGUAUUAGGAUAGGCUAGUAAUGCUCCCGCGUAAAAGACUCAAAACCCGACCCAGAGCGAACACAAACAGGAAAAAGAUCUUCAAAUGAGAACAAGAGCAAAUAACAUAAGCGGGAUGACAAGAGCAAUAACAAUAGUGAGGGAACAGACAGAAGACGCAAUACCGAUGGCACGCAUGAUAUGAGCGCAAAUCCUCAAUCAGUCUUGAUGUUCGUAAUCCACAGGCCUUGACUCAUACGAAGUAGUUGUACAUGGGAUAUUAAAAAGCGGAUACCCAAAUAGAAGACUUCAGAUCCAAUCGAGAAGCCUCUCCGAGUUCCUGCAAACAGGACGCGUCGAGUAUUGCAUGCACCUUCGGCCGUGUGCGUGUCGCAUAGAAACUAUUGUAGCAGAAGUGGAGAGAGAGUAACACUAUUUGUGGCAAAUUCGUUUGUCGGAGUUGCCUUUGUCACAAGUAACACGAGACCACGGCGCGCCGUCUUCCCAGCACGAGUCCCAGCAACAUCUAGGCCAACUACAUCAUGCAAGGGGCGCGCUUCUACACCUGCAAAGAGCCGGACGACCGUUCUUCGUCCCGCGACGGUACUUAUACUACACUGUAGCGCUUUGCGUGCUCAUUCGCUGGCCGCAUAACCUUCAUAGUUUUUAGACCGCAUGAAGUUGCAAACUCUGCAAGGAUACACAUUGCAAAUACGUCUGGAUCUGAAACACUCCAGCUUGUCAUGGUAAAUCUGGACCGCGAAAAUAUCUGUGUUGCAUGAACGCCAAAAGUCGUGAGCUUUUUGCUAUGGAAGCUGCGACCUUUCCAUGCGGACUGGGCAUGAGCUUGCUCUUGCAAAAUCUGUGAUGCUUCUGUGUGCAUCCGAGAUAAAUAAUCCACGAGAUGCAUGACAAACACGCACAGUAUUCCAGACCCAGACAAAAUUGCAAUGGAUGAAGCAGUUUCCGCUGUGUCAGCCUGUAUGGUUUAAGUAAUCCUUUUUCUCUUUUGAUUAUCAACUGCAAAUAUGUCUGGGUCAGGAAGAAUCCAAAAUUGUGAUGCGUGUUGCAGAUCAUACAAAGACUUGUGUUGCAUGACCAGCAAAGGAUGCCCCCUUUUGGCCAUGCUGAGAGGGCAUUUCUCAUGUGGAUAGGCAUCAUAAAGGGUCUACAGAACCUGUGCUGCUAGGCACUGCAUUCCAGACUUGAGGAAGCUUCUUGAAAACUGCAUGAGAAAUCUCGGAAUCUUCCAGGAGACCCAGUCAUAUUUUCAUUUGAUAUUGAACAGGUCGUGAAAACUCUGCCGAAGAAGAACCCAGUGCCCUGCUCGGGAAUAAAUCGUCGAAAUCUACUGCGCUGGUGCAUCAGCACCACGUGCGCGACUCCAAACAUUAUCAAAAAAAGAACAUCGCCGGCGCAGCCACUUUUUAUGUGUGUUUACUUGUUGGCCAUCUACCGAACGCGUCCUGCGCGAAAAUUCAUCACAGUCAAGCUUAUUUCACUGUUUCCAAUGGAAAGAAGCAAUUGUCAUGCACGCCGGGUCCUCAUUUCCAUACUUUUUGCAAGGAAGUUGUGACUGCGAUGCAUUUUUUUUUUUGAUAAGCGGACCAACAUGUCGGGCGUCAGUGCCGGGCACUGCCACAUCGUGACUGGCAACGAGAAGAACUUCAAACCGGUGGCGCAGUAUAAAACAGCAAAAGAAGUCAUGGACGAUCCAGCUGUCCAGGAGCAACGCAAGAACCGUAUCGACGUGUUGAUAUCAAAUGCAAACAUAUUCGGACCUGGAAAACUGUCAUGCUCUUAUGUGUGUGAGCGACAUCAAACUACUGACUGCAGUACCUGGUCCAGCACGGGGACUGGCACUCGCUGAAUAGUUCUUAUUUUGUUGAGCGUGGGGCGCAUAGGACAGCGUGAUUCUGCAUGACGACGGAGACGUACUAUUCCGCAAGAAGAUUCAUCUACAAAGCUCAUCUUCACGAGCAUGGAGUUAUUCCAGAAAUUCGGCAUUACAUCAAGUUUUGCAAUUAUUUUCCAGACCCGGACAUGUUUGCAAUGCAUAACUGAACAACAAAAACGGCAAAAAAAAACUGCACGUUGAUAUUACAAUGAAACGUCCCCCAUGCCCGUACUCAAUCGCGACCAUGAAGAGCGUGGUCAUGCUACAAGGAAGAGAUACGGAAUGUCGUGUUGGCUGGCGUGGGAACGCCUUGCGUCUCCAGCAUGACAAGAAGCUACUGGAGGCGGGAGACAGGAUGUCGACAAAUUGGCUGCAAGCGAGGCUGCAACCGUGUCUCUCGUCCUUCUAGCAGUCAUGGGUAAUUUGAACGCAAAUCCAGCAUUACAAAUUUCUUUUUCACUACGGAUAGGGGGGAUUUUUCCUAACAAUAAUUCACUUCGUGCUGGACGACGAAUUGGUUCAAUUCAUUAGGUAUGCUUUGCAAAUACGUCUCGAUCUGGAUUUGUGAUGCGGAAGUUGCGAGACGCCAAGAUCUGUAUUGCAUCAACGGGACUGAACAGUUUUUUUUUUCGUGCUGGCAGACAGUAUGCCAUGCUAGAUACGAAUCAACUUGCAAGAACACCGGAAAAACUUGUAAUGCGUUCACGCCGUACAAAAGACUGCUUUGUCAUGCAAGGCUCAGCGUGCCUUUUAUCCAGACCGAGAAAUAUUUCUAUUUGAUACGCGGGAAAAUGCGGUUUGGGAAAAAGAGAUGCUUGCCAGUAACAAAACGAAAACGAAGACGAACGGCAAUAAAAACCGAGAACUUCUGGCCAACAAAGACCCAAUCGUCCGCUUGAGCCUCGCUCUGGACUUUUGGGGGUACGAGAUCGAUCUCGAAUUCCAGCCGGACGGUAUGCAAACACUUUCAAGAGUUGGCUUUUCUCUAAGCGCCUACGUGUUGUAAGACUUUUGAUUUAUCAUUAUUUGCGUGGUGCUAUGCGAAUGCGCUUGCAUCUUUUCCACUGUUCCGGCGAGUAGCCGCGUUGUGUAUGAAUAUCUCUCUCACCUCCCCCAGGUGACGGAAGUUGCCUAUACCGUGCGAUAGCGGAACUGGUGUACGACUGGCCAGAUUUCUGGUCCAAAGUGCCGCAAUCCAAGAAGAACACGCGCGAGGAACACCGCUUGCAGGAUCUUUACUACUCUCUGCGGCAGCUGGUAGAUUUGCGUUUCAUUUUCCGCAUGAAUGUGAUGAAGUGCAAAAGUUGCCCACUUCUGUGCCUUCGCUUUUACAGUUACCUUGUUCAUGCUCGGAGUGGAUGCCGAGUCGCGACCUAAUGCCAAGAGAUAUGAAAAACGACAGGUCGCGACUUACUACCAACACAACCGCGCUUAUUAUGAGUCGCUCGGCCUCUUCCCCGCGUUGGGUACUAUAUCGAAAGACAAAAGCGAUAUCAUUACACAGCGCGCCGAAAACUCCACACUUUUACUGCCCUGAAGAGUGGCACUUUUUGGCGUGCCGGGAAGCCGUCCCGUUUUCCCUGUGCGACGUUUUAGCACUUCGCCCUGCAGGUAGCGAGCGGCUGCUGCCGUUGUAUGUUAAACUGGCUAGCUAAGGAGGCAUGCGGUUUGGGUGUCUGUUCCGGAUUGGCAGUCCAGCACGAAGGUUGCCGGCGUGACGCCUCCGGGCCCCACCUCGUGGGGCCAGCGGGCUGCCGGGCCUGAGAUUAAAAAGCACGCUCUUGACGUGGUCCGCGAUAUCGGGCAGCUGGCCUCCUUAGCUAGAGUAGUCAACUGAAGCAACCGUACGUAGCUGCUUACAGACGCUCUUUUUUCAUGGAAAACAAAGCAAAGCGCAACGGACACGACCGCCAGCAAAAUGCUCAAAAGUAUUUUAGUCCAGUUCUUGCACCAUGAAAAAAACGGCAUUUUCGGCGCGAUGUGUAACUGCGUCGCUUUUUUCUUUCGAUGUACCACCCUGGACGAGCAUUGCAGGAAGGUCGCGGACGAGACAAACCACGAAUGGGCGGACGAGCACGAUAUUUUGGCCCUCGGCGAGGCGCUGGGGUUGGAGAAGAUCCUACGCGCUGCAGUUCUGCCCUAGCCCUGCAGGCUCAGCAAUCCCGAGCACGAUUGUACGCCUCCUAUUUCUGUAUGGCAAUCGUUGCGCGUCGCUCUCGACGGGUCGCGGGUCAUGAUUGCCCCAUAACCCCCAUCCACGAGCGCAGUGCUGAGCCUUGGACUAGGGCAAGUUCUUUCGACGUGAUAGCCAACGAUCAUGCACGAUAAGGGUAAGGAGCCACGUGUUUACAAUCUCGGGACGAAUAAUCUGGUUACCCGGCCGCCACGGUAUCGCUCGGAAAAAGAACCACGCCCAUAGAUUAUUCUAAGCAAGUUGCGGCGGUUGUGUAGUGUGAUGGACAGCCGCCUUCUCGGCGCUCAGCGAGCACUGCAAGCCUAUCAGUUGCCCGGCUUUUAUAUUAUAAAAGCCGGGCAUGAGCAAAGGACUUAAACGUAGAAGUGGCUCAAGGAAGUGCGAUAGUUUUCGCGUGCUUUUUUUGCCUCUUCUAAGAUUACAAGCAAAACGCAUGCUAUGGCCGCGCUUUUGGGUGGCCGGUUUGGAACCUAGCCACCCCUCCGCCGCGGCCCCACUUUUCAAUGGCCCGCUUGGGCCAGGGUUGCCGGUGGGCUCCGCAUAUUGAAGAGGGUGAGAACUUCUAGAGUUAUGGGCGCCGCCGACAGGUGGCAUCUAGGGGGCCAAAAAUUGCUGCAUGUGUGUGUUGCGGAUGAGGGAGUGUUGAAGUGGGCGCUUCAACUUUCCCUCGAUGAGGGAAAGGCGAAGUGGCCACCUCAACUCUCCUUCUAUAAAAGUGGCCACUUCAACUUUCCUCCAAUGGAGGGAAGUCGAAACAGCCAUCGCCACACUUUUGCGCUCCUUUCUGCGUUACAAAUUGCCGACCAUGGCGGCAAUUUGUAACGCAGAAAUGAAGGACAGCAGCAAGCUCGUCGCAUUUUCUCCUUUUGUUCUUCUUUUCUGCAUCUGUAAUGCAGAAAUGAAGGGAAGGAGUAGAGUUUUUGAAAUGGCUAUUGUUGAAACGGCCACUUCAACAACUCCGCAUUUCUUUUGUCCUUCAUUUCUGCACUAGAAAUUGCCCAGCUUCUGGUCUACAAAUUGCCACUACUGGCCUACUGUACAGAAGGCAACAGGCUUGCGGUGCUCGUUUGCUUUCGAAUCAAUGCAAAAAAGCGAUUGGCUGCGUAUGGGGUGAAUGAAUGCAGCGACCCAAAAAAUAAAAAAUUGCAUGAUAGAGGCAACUUGCAAUAUCGUAUUGGCGUGUUUUUGUAUUGGAUACGCUAGAAACCAUCCAGAAAUACCUGCCGGUCGACCCCGACAGCAUGCCGAGAAAGAUCGUUAUCGCCAAUUACGGUAUGUAAGACUAAUAUCUGGGGCCAGCUUGUGCUGCCUUUGGUCUUUUGAAAUUGUCACUGAAUGCGUGGAGUGUCGUCUCACUGGUCCUGGCCCUGUGCCAACGGAGAGACGAAACGAAAAAAAUCUUGAAAUAAGAAAAAAAGGAGCGCUAGCGUCGACUAACACUACAACAGGGGAGGUGCACUACGUACUGCUGAGACAUGUCUUACCCGAUUCGAAGCCCGACCUCGGCAACAUCGUCAAGCGCGUAGCCGGGAAAAUGAAGAAAAAGAGUGCCGCUCGUGGUGGGGCUACGUCUUCUGCCUCGGGCAAGAAGACCGGAAUCAUAUCAAAGUGAAAAGCUCCCCACCUCCAGAAGUAAGAAACGUUUCUGAACUUACCUAGGCGCGAGACUGUUGAUCUAUGCAUGCAAUGACUGGAAGUAGUCGCCGCCCAUCACGAAGCUCUUGAUUUUCUUUUCCGCACCAUCGCAAAUUUGUGUUGCUGGCAUAUGCAGGACCAUGAGAAGGGUUCCCGUAGUUGUGAAAUAUUGCAACUCAAAGGACGCUUGUCCUUCCUGGGGUAGGGGGCUUUUCAAUAGGAUAAGCGAAGAAGUCCCAGUCCAAGGUACUACCAUAUGGAUCUCACUGGCGCAAUUCGGAAUGUUCAAGAAGAACGCCGUACGUUUGGUAUUGUUUCCCUGCCCGUCAUUCAAGCAGGACGCAUGUUGUUGUAGCAUUCUCUUCUAAUAGUAUAUUGCGCAAGACUGUCGCAAACGCAAAACUACAGAACCCCAGUUCGAAAAACGGUUCUUCCAAGGGCAAAAAAAUGGCAACGAUGAAGGCUCCGGCGACGAAGGGGAAAGCGGCUGGCACGACGAAUACCACGCAAAGUGUGAAGACCAAGCGUAAAAAACAAACCGGCAAGAAGAACUCCCCCAGUGUGCAGACAACGAAGAAGUCGAGUGUGCAGACAACGAAGAAGUCGAGUGUGCAGACGUCCAACAAGUCGAGUGUGGCUCCGAAGUCGUCAAAGGGUGUGAAGAUGGGAACUGGGCAGAAGAUAUCCAACGCAAAUAUGUCGUGGCCCCUAGCAAUGCACACUGGUGACUUGCUGACAUUCUAAACUCAAAAAAACUGUCACGCGUGGGCCGAAAGUUGGCAAAUUUGUACUGAAAGAGGGGACCUCUCAUGCCCAAUAGGCAUCGAAAUGUCCUUUCUUUAAAGAGAACGCGUUGCACUGUAACCUGCUUUCCAGGAGACCUGUUGGGGCAGGAGCAUACAGAAUCAACACAAUGGCAUGUUGCAGUCAGUGUUCCAGGCACACACGACAUAUUUCCAGUGCAUAGACCAAGAAGUCCUCCGGCGGUGGGAAGAAACCAACCGGCGCUGCUCCGAAAUCGACAAAAAAAACCGGUGGAAACAACACGAAGAAAAUGAACAAGAUGAAGAGCGCAAAAAAUGUAAAAAAGACCGACGGCAAGAGAAAGAUGCAGUGAGGUGCAUGGUGGUGACAUGUUUUUCCAGUGCGAAAAAGUGGUGAAGUUGAUCAUGGUCGAGUAUUUUGAUUUACUCCUCUACUGCUCCUACCGACUGUAGUUCAAAUGUGCUCUUUCCUGAUUUGCUAAGCCCACACAAAAAUGUUGGCUCAUCGUGGCUGUAGGCUCCUUUCCUUUUUAACUAUGUGCUACUGAUUUGAUGCAGACACAUUCACUAUUCGACUGACUAUUUUCACGGUUUUGCUUUCGAUAGCAUUUUGCUGCGGGCGAUACCUGGCCAAACGCUCUGAUGAUAUGAGACAUGAUUUUUUUGAAGCUAAAAGCUUUCGAAAGAAUACGACAAGCAGCUUCUGACUAGCGGUUGUUGCAUUUUCUUGCGCCACAAAUUUUGAAUGUGAACGACUAUUCCCCUGCUCGACCGAACUCCCGACGCGGGUCUUUGUAACCUGCCCGUGUUCCUUCUUGUCGGAC